CUCAUCUGGUUCUAAGUCCCAUGUCUCUUUCUUCUUAACAACUCUCUUCUCCUUUUUUUUUCUCUGAUAUAUAUAUAUAUACAUAUAAUAUUUUGAAUAUUACAAAACGACUACUAGCCCAUUUGCUAAGCAAGUUUAGGUAACUGAUAGCUACCUUAAACUCCAAUCAUAUCCUUCCUUUUACAGCAUAUCUCUACAUGGCUUCUUGCAUUUUCAGUCAUGCAAUAACCUACCAAAAACCAAACUCACAGAGAAACAAAUUAAGCUGCUCUGGGGAGAGCUGGCUAGUUGGCUAGGGGCCUUGUGUGGCUGUUUCUGGUUUCUGAAACUCAUAAAAUGCAGCUUCACAUAUCUCCAAGUCUCAGGCACGUUACGGUUCUUCCAGGGAAAGGUGUCAGAGAAUUCAUCAAAGUGAAUGUUGGAGGUAAAAGGGUUUCUUACAGAAUGCUCUUUUAUGCUCUUCUCUUCUUCACUUUUCUUCUUCGGUUUGUGUUCGUCUUGUCCACUGUUGACACCAUUGAUGGAGAAACCAAGUGCUCUACUCUUGGUUGCUUGGGGAAAAGACUAGGGCCAAGGAUAUUGGGAAGAAGGCUUGACUCAGUACCAGAAGUGAUAUACAAAGUACUAAAAGAACCACUUGGCCAAGAUGAUCUAAAAGGAAGAAAUGAUAUUCCUCAAACAUUGGAUGAGUUUAUGGCAGAAGUGAAGGAUUCCAACUUGGAUGCUAAGACUUUUGCCCUCAAGCUCAGAGAAAUGGUGACAUUGCUUGAACAAAGGACUAGAACAGCCAAAAUCCAAGAAUAUCUAUACAGGCAUGUAGCAUCAAGCAGCAUACCAAAACAGCUACACUGUCUUGCUCUAAGGUUAGCCAAUGAGCACUCCACCAAUGCAGCGGCUCGCCUGCAACUCCCGACUCCGGAACUUGUCCCUGCCCUCGUCGACAACUCUUACUUCCACUUUGUCCUCGCCUCAGACAACGUUCUAGCCGCCGCUGUCGUCGCCAAUUCGCUUGUCCAAAAUGCUUUAAGGCCGCAAAAACUUGUACUUCACAUAAUAACCGAUAGAAAAACCUAUUCACCCAUGCAAGCUUGGUUUUCGUUGCACCCUUUAUCGCCUGCAAUAAUUGAGGUCAAGGCAUUGCAUCAUUUCGACUGGUUUACAAAGGGUAAAGUUCCAGUUCUUGAAGCUAUGGAGAAAGAUCAAAGAGUAAGGUCGCAGUUCAGAGGAGGUUCUUCUGCAAUUGUUGCAAAUAACACUGAAAAGCCCGUCGUUAUCGCAGCUAAGCUGCAAGCUCUUAGUCCUAAGUAUAAUUCAGUGAUGAAUCACAUCCGAAUUCAUCUUCCAGAGUUGUUUCCGAGUUUGAACAAGGUGGUGUUUCUUGAUGAUGACAUAGUUGUGCAAACCGAUCUUUCGCCUCUUUGGGAUAUUGACAUGAAUGGAAAGGUCAAUGGAGCUGUAGAAACCUGCAGAGGAAAAGAUAAAUUUGUCAUGUCGAAGCGAUUCAAGAGCUAUUUGAACUUCUCUCAUCCUCUGAUAGCUAGUAAUUUCAAUCCCAAUGAAUGUGCUUGGGCGUAUGGUAUGAACAUUUUCGAUUUAGGGGCAUGGAGGAGGACCAACAUAAGCCUCACAUACCACUACUGGGUUGAACAGAACUUGAAAUCAGACCUGAGCUUGUGGCAGCUAGGAACGUUACCACCAGGGCUAAUAGCAUUCCACGGUCACGUCCGCGUUAUCGAUCCUUUCUGGCAUAUGCUGGGUCUUGGAUACCAGGAUAAUACAAGUUUAGCUGAUGCUGAGAGUGCUGGUGUCAUCCAUUUCAAUGGCAGAGCAAAGCCAUGGCUAGAUAUAGCAUUUCCUCAGCUCAGGCCAUUGUGGGCUAAGUACAUCAACUUCUCUGAUAAGUUCAUCAAGGGCUGUCAUAUUAGAGCAUCUUAACUUUGAGCUUUCAGAGGAAAAGUAUAAUAUGGAUGACCAUAAUAAUUAUAAAAGAAAAAAUGUCUGUAUAUGAGGAGAGGCAAAAGCAAAAAUGGAGAAAGGAGGGGAGAGUUCUUCACAAAUUCACAGGCCUUGUCUACACAAUGUAAAAUAUCACACAACCUCAGGCAUUUGUUUGUUCUUUUUUUUCUUUUUUUUU